GCGGUCUUGGCGCGUGUCUACCGGACCACGCGAAUCGCCAACCCGUCGGCGAAAUCCGUAUUUAAAUCACAUUUAUCACUAUGACAAUUUCGUCUCUUAUUGGACUAUAUGCUAAAUUUGAUUACACGAAAAUGUGCAAUUUUUUUUGCUCAAACUAAAUUCCUGGCGACUGACAUUUUAGGAAGUUAAAAAAAAUGAAUUCUAAUUUUAAUUUAUUUGCCAAACUCUCUGUGAAAUGAUGUCAGUGAAAAGGAUUCUAAGUUCAAAAUUUAGUGCUGGCAACUUUAGUGAAAAUGGACUUGACUACUCGGCGGGGAGACGGAGAGGGGAUCCCGCAGGAUUCGGUACACAUAAACGGAACGGAGCAGAUGUGCCGUGAACUAGUGAACGGAACGGAAAGCGGUAAUGACGUCACGAGCGUCACCGCGGAAGUGCCCCCGGUGCGGAAAGCCAACUCGUUCAGCAUUCGGAAUUUGGUUGGCGCCGAAGAUUCUGACCGACCGAGUUCCGACGGGAACGUGAAUGUCAGCGAUGAUUACUACCCCCACGAGCAAGCCUACAAAUAUAACGCGAUGGGGGUGUCCGAGCCCCCUAAAGACGACUCCCCGCGCACGACUCCAGAAUUAUCCACGUCCAGGUCCGACCAUUCUCCGGGCGAACGCCCCCCUCCCGGCUCAGCUGAUAGCGACGACGCCGACGACUUCGCGCCCAAGAGAAAGCAGAGGCGUUACAGGACUACCUUCACAAGCUUCCAGCUUGAGGAGCUGGAGAAAGCAUUCUCCAGGACACAUUAUCCUGAUGUUUUUACGAGAGAAGAACUUGCAAUGAAAAUUGGGUUAACGGAGGCAAGAAUACAGGUGUGGUUCCAAAACCGACGCGCGAAGUGGAGGAAGCAGGAGAAGGUGGGCCCUCAAGCUCACCCCUACAACCCUUACCUGGCGGCCGGGGGCGGAGCACCCCCGCCGUCCGUCGUAGCCUCCAUGCCCAACCCUUUCACACAACUAGGGUUUGGCUUUAGGAAACCCUUCGACACCAACGCUUUGGCCUCCUUCAGAUACGCCGGAGCGCCAGUCCUUGGCACACAGUACCUCGGAGCGCCACUACCUAGGCCACCUCUCUUCAGCACGCCUCUUUACACCACGUCCCCCCCCUUCCAUUCAAUCCUAGCAGGCCUCGCCGCUCCUCCUCGACAGUCCCCCGACCCUCCCCCUGUCUCACCCCCGAUAUCGCCCGGCAGUGAAUCCCCCCCAGCCCAAAAUGCCGCGCCAGAAGUAGAAAGAAGAAGCUCCAGUAUAGCAGCUUUAAGGAUGGCAGCGAGGGAACACGAGUUGAGACUGGAGAUCUUAAGGCAGCGGCAUCAAACAGAUUUGAUUAGUUGAGCUUCGUAAACCAGUGCUUGGACUUAGUAGAAUUGAUCGUAACCGCUCGGCUGCGACUACGUGCGUUGGCAACGCUUACAAUGCCCGUACAAUAUAAUGUACUCGUGAAAGUACAUAAUAGGCAAUAUAUCACAAAAUGCGGUUCUCACCGCUCUAGGUCGUGGCCCUAAAUGGUAUUACGGUAUGGAACUUUGUAAGAUAGUUAGGAUAUUCGAGAUUUUAAUAAACUUCCAAUAGAUUGAACAGAGACUGCAAAAAUGUGUAUGUACUAUAGGAAGUACAUAAUAAUAAUAUAGGUGCACAUAAUAAACAAAAACGCGACUCUUGAUAUUUAUUUACUUUACGUGUCAAUUAACUUUUAAUAGCAUUUAAUGUAACAAAAAGCUAAAGUAUUUAUGUUAAAUAAAAUUCACUUAUCGUAUUUCUUAGAAAUUCAAUUAUCUAUCAAAUAAACAAUAAAACGCUGGAAACUACUCGUAUGAAGCGAUUGUAAAUAUUGAUGAAUCCUAUAGAGAUAAUGUACUUAUUUAAUUAACUUAUUGUAACGUCUUCAGCAGUAAAGGUGGAAGGAAUCCGACUCAUGGAAAUAAAUAAUAAUCAUGCAAAUAAAUGCAAUAAUUCUGAGCUCUGGACUUUUUACGUCGAGCGAUAAACUUUUUCAUAUAAUGUAAUUAACGACCUGGACGAGGAUGUAUUAUAAUAAGUCACUAAUCGCCAAACACUAAAAAGUAUUUAUUGUACAAAAUUUCCUUAAAUACAAUAGAAAAUGUAUCUAGUUUGAUUUGACGGUACAUGGCAUUUUCCAUCAAAUCAAACUAGAUACAUUUUACUGUUUUCAAAUACAUUUUAUAUGAAACUUGGGUGAAUGACGUCACGAUUUUCCAUCAAAAUGGUAAUCCUUUUAAUAGUCAAUAUGAUUUUCAAAAGACAUUCUUAUUUACUUACAAAAUAUUUACUUUGUGUUAUACGUAUGUAUACCGGACAUGCGCAUGAGUUUUGGUUCAGCUCUCUAGACAUUAUAAUGUAACAAACAUACAAACCACAUUCUUUAAAAGAUUUUGAUACAAACCGUUUUUCCAUCGCAUACGCAUGUCUCUGUUCAAAUGAUCUUAACCGAUUCCCAAAUAAAAGGAGGUUAUAUAAGGUAUAUAUAGUUUAGGUACUUACAUCCGUCCAAUAUAGCCCUUAUUGUUAUUUAUUGUAACCUAAGUACGUACUUAAUUGUAUAAAUAAGUUAUGAUUUACCGAAGUGAUAAUUCUAAAAAAAUAUUCGGUGCCCACAGCGUGCCUUUCCUAUAUAAAAUUAUACAUAAUUGUAAUGAUUCAAUUAAAUAUGGAUAUUAGAAAAAAAUACUACUGUUUAGACAAAAAAAUAUAUUAUUGUGUGAUUUAAAAUAAUAUAGCAGCUCUUUAAAUAUCAGGCUAUUAUACCGGUAUUUAUUAUAUACCGGUAACUUGUAUUUGUAUCUAAGAUUUAAGUACAAAAUAUUUGUCUAAAGAAUUACAAUACUAUACUAAAAUCCUGAAUCCUUAUUUUGUGCCUAUAAAAAUUGAAGUUCCUAUCCGAUGAAGUGUAUGACACAGUUAAAUAAACUUGUAAAAAUGUUUAUAUUUGGUUCGAUAAAAGUAAUAACAUAGUAAAACCUCAAUUUAAAUAACACCAAAGAACCUUAAUAUAUAUUGACAUAUCUCAAUUAAUAUUGCUUACCUAAAUUAUUAAUACUUAUCAGUUAUUUGAUAAAACUAAGGCUAAUAUAUAUUAAUAAUAUUGGUAAUUGUAUCCUAUACUGUGUGCCUUCACUGAGAAAAAAAUACGAAAUAAAAAUUUAAGCCACCCCUGACACCGAAGUUAUUGGCAUUCUCUCAUCUGUUAGAAAAGAGAUCGACGAAGAAGAAGAAUCGAAAACUAAAGUAGCAAAUAUUUAGAGAGCUGCAAAACAAAGUCUAAGCUAAUACAAAAUUCUUUCUUGAAAUUUUUAUUUUCAUGAAUAUUGUAUAAAAUAAACAAAACAUGAAUUCA